GUCGGUCAUUCAGAUACGCACUGUCUCAUAACUUUGUAGUUGAAAAAGGAUAAUAGAAGGGGAACAAAAAAGGAACAUUGAAAGUGAAGCAGCGAUGAGUUCAGCUUCUUCAGUACUUGUCGCUUCUUCAUCGUUUCUAUAUUGGAUUCGUAAGCCUUCCCCUUUUAAAUUCUCCAAAUUCCCUUCAACUCCUUCCGUUACUCCGUCGUCUCCGAAGUGUUACCGUGUGGUGUGCCGUGGCGGGUCCCCUCAACCGGCAUCGUUCCCCGAUCUCAGCUUCGCCUUGCAUGAUGCUCUCGAAUCUACUGGAAUCGAUACCUCUCAUGCUAGAGAGGCGAGGAAGAGUUUUGUUUCGCAGAUUAAAAAAUUAUCUGAUAUCGAGAGAGAAACAAGUAUCUGCAUAAAUAGAUGUGUUGAUCUGGGGAGAACAUCUCUUUUUAUAGCAGCAGAGGAUGAUUCUCUCAUUUCACACUCUUCCGUUCCUCUGCCGGUGGAUGCAUUCCUCGAAAGAUUGGAUGAUCUCUCAAUGGGCUACUGCUCCCACUAUAACUCAGCAUGUAGGUCGUCAAGGGAGAAUUUUUUGGAGAGCUUAGAAAAAUAUCUAUAUGUCAAAAAGGGCUUCCGAAGAUCUACUGCCAAGAAUCAAGCAGAGCCACAAGCCCUUGAUCUUCACUCGGUUUUGACACAUCGUUCGGGUUCUGCUGUAAUGCUUUCACUGAUACAUUCAGAGAUUCUGAAAAUGCUUCGCUUGUGGGGCCUUCUGGAUUUCGAUGUUGAGAUUUUUUUUCCACAUGAUCCUCAUGGUCUUCCUAGAGCCUAUGAUAAGCAAAAGAGCAAAGAGUCUGAUCAGCCACACAUAAUGACCGUACAAAUGCUAUUGGAGGAGAUUUUAAGAAAUUUAAAGGAUGCUUUCUGGCCAUUUCAACGUGGUGCUGCUGAUAGUUUAUUCUUAAGGGCAGCAAAUGCUGCUAACUGUAUAGAUAAAUUUAAUGGCUUUGAAGAUAGUGGCUAUCAGCUUGCAUCUACAAAGGCUGCUCAACGUAGGCUAGAUCGGGGUGUCUGGACCAGUGUUCAUUUUGGGUAUAUGAGGCGUGCUUUAUCUGCAUGUGAACGCCUUAUUCUUCUAAGGACCGAUCCGAAGGAAACGAGAGAUUAUAGCAUUCUCCUCUAUCAUUGUGGAUUGUACGAGCAGGCUCUGAAAUUUCUCAAAUUGUAUCAAGACAUGAAGAGUUCUUCCGCACAAAAUCCGUCAACAGAUCCAGUUAGCAACCUAGAAGAAGAUGCUGUGAAGAAAUUGAUUGUACGUCUCAAUCUCAUUGCAAUGGAGGAAGGUUGGACCCGGCCAUGGUAUGUCAGAAAUUAUCUUGGCAAUAACUCUGAGCCAUGGUAAGACCUUCAUACAUUUUCCUGUGGCGUUUUAAAUUUCAACAUUUCCUUCUCCGAGAUGGAUAGUCAACGUAAGAGUGAGUUUACAGAAAAUGAGUUCUCAUGUCCAUUAACUGUGCAGUUUAGGAUCAUAACACGAGCCUGCACAUAGCAUAAGAUGGAUUGAUCCGUCCUUAGGAUUCGACCUAGGCAUUUUGCAAAAUGAUGAAAUAAGGUAAUAGAUAAUUGCAUUUGGCCUAGCUUUUUAACAUAUGGUUAAUUUAGUAUACGAGUUUUUUAAGCUGCCUUGGUAGUAUUAUCUUAUCCCCGUACAGCAACAAAGAUUUGGUUUUGGGUUGUAAAUGAUUGUUAUUUGAACCUGUUGUGUAUUUAAGAGAGUAUAAAAAUAGAAAGCUAUUUUGGUUUGCUUAGCCA